CAGCUUGUGUCAUUUCUCACUGCCUGUCUGCUUUCCAUGGUUAAUAGUGAAGGCUCAGUAGAAUUCUGCUAUAACUUGCCAUCAUGCAAUCCAAACACAUGGGCAACUUUAUCACCUCACUGCAGUGGCACUCGUCAGUCUCCUAUUAAUAUUGUAACUGCUAAUGUGACGACUGAUAACAACCUGAGAGCCUUUACAUUUAAUGGCUUUAGUGACAACUCCACAGUCUUAAGCAUCACAAACACUGGAAAGACAGUGAAAAUUGCACUUGAUGAUCACAUGAUGAGUGUGUCAGGAGGAGGUCUUCAGAAUCAGUACAAUUCCUCCCAGAUUCACUUUCACUGGGGCAAUGGGUCGUCUAUCACUGGAUCAGAACACACUGUGGAUGGCAGACAGUAUGCAAUGGAGAUGCACAUAGUAAACAUUAGGGCUGAUCUAUCCCCGACAGCUGCUGCCAGUGACUCAACAGGCUAUGCUGUCCUUGGUUUCUUCAUUGAAGCAACUAAUGACAGUGGUACACCAGGAAGCUGGAAUAACCUCACCUCGUUCUUAUCAAAAAUUCCUAAUGAAGGUGACUUGUUGGACAUUAUGCAUCAACUUACUGUAGACAGUCUUCUCCAAGGAGUGGAUCGGACCAAAUAUUACCGUUACCUUGGCUCUUUGACUACACCUACAUGUAGUGAAAUUGUGGUUUGGACUGUAUUUAAAGACACAAUCAAAGUCAGCAAAGAUUUGAUUGAUCUUUUCAGCAACACGGUGCACAUUAAUACAACAGCUGAUCCUUUUCUCAUCAACAACUACAGACCAUCUCAAGCUCUGAAUGGCAGGGUUGUGACAUCACAACCAAAUUCUUCACAAAGCACAUUACAUCACACUCUGUCCAUCAGCACAGCACUUAUCUACUCUGUGUUGUUUCUGUGUUUUAGAACUUGCUUUGUAAGCCAUGCUGCUGUUUUUGUUAAGUGGCAGCUUGUACUGCAUGUUUCAGAUGAAUCUACUUGGCCUUUAAUCCCCAAUGCAUACUGCAGUGGAAGCCGCCAGUCACCCAUUAACAUUGUGACCACAAAUGUUGAAACUGAUGUCAACUUAACAUCAUUCAGCUUGACUGGUUUUGAUGAUGGCACGGUCAUGACUGAAAUGACCAACACUGGCAGGGGCAUUAUGGUCACAUUGAACCAUGAAAAGAUGAUUAUUGAAGCUGGGGCUCUUCCAGGCAUUUACCACAGCACGCAGUUCCACUUUCACUGGGGCAAUGGAAGUUCCAUGGCUGGAUCUGAGCACAUGAUAAAUGGGCAAAGAUUCUCUAUGGAGAUGCACUUAGUGAAUGUUAAAGAUGGAUAUAAUUCAACUGAAAGUGACGUUAAAGAUCCCACAGGGUUUGCUGUUCUAGGAUUCUUUCUUAAGGCAACCAAUGACACUGGUAAACCUAAGAGCUGGAAGACCCUGACCUCGUAUCUCUCCAGUAUCGCGAAUGCAGGUGAUACAGUGGCAAUAACUCAGCCCAUUACCAUGGACAGUCUGCUUGAAGGCGUGGAUCAGACUAAAUAUUACCGUUACCUCGGCUCUCUGACCACACCACCAUGCAAUGAAUCUGUCAUAUGGACCGUCUUUGAAGAUCCCAUUGAAGUCAGCCAAGAUUUGAUUGAUCUUUUCAGCACUAGUGUGUACUUCAACAACAGCAUGACUCCAUACUUGCUGACUAAUAACUUCAGGCACAGCCAGGCCCUAAACAGCAGGGUUGUAACCACUCAGGAGAGAAGUACCAGGGCAAAUUGGCCCGCAAAUUCCGCAGAACGACAGCCUUACAGUGUGUACUUGUUUAUUGCAGUACUCCCGUUUGGCUUUUGGUUAUAAGGUUUGCACAUGAUUUUUUGAUUGCAAAUCAUUGCAAUAACCAAGAUGUUGCUGAAUCUCCUUUCUGCAUAAAGAGGAAAGUG